GGCACAGGGGUCUUAGACCCGGCGGUUUGCUCACACCAGGAGUGAGCGCUCUGGGGCAGAGCGCCCUGAAGUCACGCCCCUCCCCACCCAGACCACGCCCAAGCCCCCACCAAGCUCCUCCCCGAGGCCCCCUUGGGCUCUAUUUCCUCCCCUGUGGGUGGAGGCUCUGUGGCGAGCACAAUCCCUCGGUCCUGCGCCGUCAGCCGCGUGUCUACGGCAUCUUCGGGUUUGCUGAUUUCCACCCCGCCUGGGCCUCCACACAUCCGCUUGCACCCCAGGUAAGCGAGUGCCCCUCUCCGGGGGCGCCGGCCCAGAAGCAACCCUCGCAGCGACCUCCAGUCUCGCCUCCCAGGCCAAGACCAGCCAGACUCGGCCCCAAGGGAAAUCUGGAAAUUCAUGGUGUGGAUGGGCUGAACAUCACUUCUGAGCGGGUGAGCUUCCUCAAGCAUGUUGUUCAGCUUCAACGAGUGGCUAUGGCAGGAGAAGUACUGGUUACCACCCAACAACACAUGGGCACAGCUGGAGGACCGAGAUGGCCUGGUGUUCGCCCACCCUCACCACAUGCUUGCUGCCUUGCCAGUGGCUCUGGUUCUGGUGGCUGUGCGUAUUGUCUUUGAGAGAUUUGUGGCCUUGCCCCUGAGCCGGUGGAUGGGUGUGCAGGAUCAAAUGAGGAGGCAGAUGAAGCCCAACCCGGUGCUGGAGAAAUACUUCCUCAGGAUGGGGCAGAGACCUGUGGAGACCCAGAUGGUCCUCCUGGCUGCCCAGUGUGGUCUCACACUACGGCAGACUCAGCGCUGGUUCAGAAGACGUCGGAACCAGGAACGUCCUUGCCUGUCCAAGAAAUUCUGUGAAGCUAGCUGGAGGUUUGUCUUCUAUCUGUGUUCCUUCGUGGGUGGCAUCUCUGUCCUCUACCAUGAGCCAUGGUUGUGGACACUGGCAUUGUGCUGGGAAAAUUACCCACAGCAGACCCUGAAUCUGGCCCUGUACUGGUGGUACCUCCUGGAGCUGGGCUUCUACAUUUCGCUGCUAAUCACUCUGCCCUUUGACAUUAAACGCAAGGACUUCAAGGAGCAGGUGGUGCACCACUUUGUGACCGUGGGGCUGAUAGCUUUCUCCUACAGCUCCAACUUGCUGCGCAUUGGCUCUGUGGUGCUGCUGCUGCAUGAUUGCUCCGACUACCUGCUGGAGGCUUGUAAGAUGUUCAACUAUUCCCACUUUCGGCGAGUGUGCAACGCUCUCUUCAUCAUUUUCUCCUUGGUCUUCUUUUACACUCGCCUCAUAUUCUUCCCUACCAAGGUCCUCUACUCCACUCUGUUUGACUCCAUCAAGAACAGGAGUCCCUUCUUCGGCUACUAUUACUUUAAUGUGCUCCUGCUGAUGCUGCAGAUCCUUCAUGUGUACUGGUUCUGUCUUAUCCUGCGCAUGAUCUUCAGUUUCCUGUGGAAGGGUCAGAUGGCAAAGGACAUUCGUAGUGAUGCAGAAGAAUCAGACUCCAGUGAUGACGGGGCAGUUCCUGAAAGUCCUCAGCUGAAGAAUGGGGUGACUCGAGGGUCUGUCCCAGCCAUUGCGAAUGGCCCACGGAGCCGGGCAGCUGGGCGCCUGGCCAAUGGGCACACCCAGUCCACAUAGACAACCUAGGACUGACAUUGAGGGUUGCCUCCAGCAUUGUGGAUGGAUAUCCAGAUGCUGGGCUGGUGACCCUGGGAGACAGGGAGGUCCUCCUCAAGGUAGGAAGAGGACUGGUGAUCUGUUUCCAGCACUUCCCUUUUUAUCUCGUCUCCCUUUAUCCCUUUGAGCAACUGGACAGAGCCUGGGGGAGCAGUGGACUCUGCAUUUGGCCAGAGCCACCCUCAGGCUGUAGCCUGGGGGCUGUGGGGAGCCUUGGCUCCAAGGACCAAUAAAACUUCAACAGAGAUGAA